GCAGGCAACAAACAAUCGUUGCUAACGGGAGGGAGUAACGGAGGAGGAGGAGUUGGCAGACAAGUCCAGCGGACGAAGACAAGAAGGAGCCAGGCACGCCGCCGCGGCGGGACAUUUUUCUGCUUUGUCUUCCUCAUAAGUGGUGUGGGUGCACGUCGGGUUGUGGAGAACCAACCCGCCCCCUUGUGCUGCUUGCCUGCCGUGCUACACAAACAACUCGAUCAGCGGCGGAGAAACUGAUUGAUGCAAGCCGGCGAAGGAGAGGGCGAGAGCGACAGCAUGUUCGUCAACAGGCCGCCACCAAGGGGGGCAUUCUCCACGCCCAGCAGGACGGGUGCUCUCGGCGGCUCGGGGGCGGGGGGCGGGGCCUCGCGGUCGAAGUGGACGAUCCUACUCGUCGUGCUGCUCAUCGUCGCCGGCAUUUUCGUGAUGCCUAGGUUCGCAGGAGGGGGCGGCGGCAAGCUCAGGGGCUCGACGGCUAGCUCGCUGGCGGAGGGAGGGCCCUUCAAGCGGGACACGUGGGACAUUCUUUUGAUCUCGGACCUGGACAAGAAGUCCAAGGUGGACGACAAGGGCAAGCAGUACCGGAGCGUGUUGCAGGCGGCGACGAUCACCCGCGACCCCGUUACCAAGAAGUUCUCGACGGAGUUCGGGGAGACCACCGACCUUUUCUCGGGGCACAACGAGGCAGGCCGGGGGAUGGAGCUCAGCGAGCUCAUCAACUAUCGAGGGUCGCUGCUGACGGUGGAUGACCGCACGGGAAUUGUCUUCGAGAUUCUGGAGGAGCAGGGGGAGCGACACAUGGCUCCGAGGUACAUCUUGCCUGAGGGGGACGGCAACCUGGACAAGGGCAUGAAGCUCGAGUGGGCCACGGAGAAGGACGGCUCGCUGGUGGUGGGCAGCUUCGGGAAGGAGUACACCGACAACGACGGCCGCAUCGUCAACACGAACAACAACUGGAUCAUCAUCAUAGACCCGCAGGGGGUCAUCACCCGGCAGGACUGGACCAAGCAGUACAACACGCUACGCGAUGCGGUCGGGGCGACCUUCCCCGGGUACAUAAUCCACGAGUCCGCCGCCUGGAGCGACGCCCUCAACAAGUGGGUCUUCCUGCCCCGCCGCAUCAGCUCGGAGAAGUACGAUGACGUUAGGGACGAGAAGAUGGGGUCGAACACGAUCCUCAUCGUGGACGAAGACUUCCGAAAAGUGGACGUGAGACACGUGGGUGACAUCGUCGAGACUCACGGGUUCUCCUCCUUCAAGUUUGUUCCCGGAACGGGGGACCAGGUAGUGGUGGCCCUCAAGAGCGAGGAGAUCGAGGAGCUGCAGACCCAGACCACCUUCAUCAUGGUUUUCACGUUGGACGGGGAGGUUCUUCUCGAGGAGACCGAGAUUCCUGGCGGUUUCAAGUUCGAAGGGCUGGAAAUCUUCCCGAUCCCCGCUUCUAGGGCGGACGUGGCCGUGGCGAACGGAGGCAACAGAUAAACGAAGAACACGCAUUUGCGUUGUCGCCUUUUUUUUUUGAAACGGUCAACAUCCCAAGGCAAAGGGGAGCCCCGCCCUCCUCGUCCGUUUGACGUCGGACCGUGUUGCUUGGGAGAUACAACAGCAUUAGCGCUGUGAGUUUUGGGGCUCUCUGUCUCUCGUUUCAGCAGGGAAAUCGGCGGAAAGGCUAGCUCAUCAGAUUGUCGUUCGGCGCGGUUUUGUUCUAGUCGAGGCCCGCGACAGUCGCAAUGGGGAGAGGGGGAGGGGUGUUGAUACAUAUGGUGCUGUAGGUGAAAUUUGCUGCAACGGAAGAGGGCGUUGGUGGGGGGGGAGAGGGAGAGCACCGCUGUUGAUGUUUCAUAUCUCUUCUCGCUGUUCAAAAGGUUUGGGUGCCGCCUCCUCACGGUAGUACAACGUCCCACCUGGCGCUUGUGCAAUUUUGGCGCGGGGAGGCUUCGUGCGAAGCACACGGUCCCGCGGAACCCCCGCAUGUCUCUGGCAACGCCCUUGUCGAUUUGCUUCAUUUUUGGUUUUUGCUGACGUGGGUUCGGCAAUGGGGAACGUCGAACCCAUCUUCUAAAGGGGUUCCGCAACCUGUCUUCGCUUCGGAAAUGUCGGGUUGUUAGGCGGCAUACCCGUGUAACGGCGUGCUCCGACAUCAAGAUGGCUUGUUGACCUUCAGUCUCACAGCAUGUCUCGUCCAUCAGGCGGGGGUUGGGGGGAGCUAGGAGAGAUCAAUCACGUCUUGGACCUCCAAGUGCAGAGGCGGUCGGUUUCGUGUUUGCGUGUAAUACCACGCCACGCUUCAAGGCUGAACCGAGACAGGGGAGUGCCGAAAAAAUGUGCAAUUCACCCGUGUGCGUGGGCGGUGGCUUAUCGCGACGUCUUCUCUGGUACGCUCAAGCGUUGUUGCUACAACAGAGCGACGAAAUGCUUGGUUCGGUUUGGGGAAUGCUGGGAGCUCGCUCAUUAUUUUUUGUUUGUUUUUCUCCCAUCAUUGCACUCUGUCGUCUGCCCCUCUGGCCCCUCUCCUCCACUUCUACCAGCUAGACGACGUAACCGGGGUCACAUGGGAGGGGGAGGUUGGAUGGACCCCCUCCUGCGGUUCCUGCCUGAGAUUUAUUUAUCGCGAGAAGGGUACAGCAAUCCCUUCCCUCGCGACUUCAUGAAGUCGGUCAAGUUUACUAACAACGAGCUUUGCAGCGCAUCGCUUCCAACGGAGACCAGGAUUCAAUUAGAGAGAAAAAUUUCACUGAGUGUCUCCCGUCUCUUCCUGCGGCUGUAGCUUGUGUGGCUGCCGCCGCUGCUGCCGCUCUUUGUUCGGUGCCACCGCUGAUGUACCAGCUGUUGCUGUAAUUUUGUUUUUUAUUCUUGGUGUUGUCGGUCAGGUUCCUCGUGUUCCGCGUUUGGCUCUCAUUAGUGCCGCGGUUUGGCGCGCACGCUGGGUGUGUCUUUUCAUGAUUUUACCUGCCCAUUUGUUUUCGUGCGCCUGCAUACAUUCUGUGCCACAUUCAUUCCUCCCUUUUUUUCUUCACUAGGGCAAAGUCACUGAGCCACGCCCUUGCUCGGGUAAAGGGUAGCCACCUCUGUCUUGUCUUGGCUAGGGCAGGCGACGCUAAGCUUGCGCUGUCUUUCCGCCUGAGGUUGCCUUGUUCGGGACGGAACGGUCGUUGUGAUCACCGCUCUUUCCGAGUCGGGUUUCACCUCAAGCGAGUGCACGCAAAUCGAGACACACGAAUGAAAGCAGGGCGACACCAGAGAACCGCAACGACAGCGAUUCGACACCUUGCCCGAGAACUGGCAAUCAAUAUGAACAGGUCCGCACUACUGCCGUGCCGCCGUACGUGUUUUGUCGAGCAUUCACUUCUAAUCGGCACAUUCGAUAGUACGGGGGCCUGGUUUCUUCAACCUCCACUCGCGAACAUCUCGAAGCGAGAAAACGACCCAUGGGAACCGGCCGGAAUCGAGUCUUCUAGGGCUGAUUUCGUGCGGUUCACGAACAAAUACUGGUGUAUGCAGGUCCCACGCUCCGUCUUUGGCGAUCCAUACCACGUUGUUUGCCUGCACAACUCUUCCAAACGCCGGCUCUCCUGUUGCAUGAAAUCUUGGUCUUGAAAUUCCGCCGUCGUCUCGCACACAACCCUGUUGUCUCUAGUCUUCACGGCCUCGGUCUAUCCUAUCUGGCCAAGGACCUGCCGAACACGAUCUUCCAUGGCGCCGGCCCGGUCGACCU